AUGAGAUUUUAUGGUCUUUUAAACAAGAAGGAUAUCCAAGGAAACACUGUUUUGCAUCUUGCUACGUCAACUAAGCAAUUCGAGGUUGUUGAUCUAUUACUCGACGAAAAUUUUGUUGCUAAAGGCACUAUUGAUGUGAAUUCUUUGAACAAAGGAGGCCUUACACCUUUGGAAGUACUACUUAAGGAAUGUGGAGAUAGAGAUAUUGAGGAGAUUCUAAGAACAUCUGGUGCUGUAUCUGCUGAACACUUGCAAACUUCGCAACAAGAAGGUUUGCCACAAUCUUGGGUUGUUCCAGUUCAAGAUCCAUCAAAUGAACAAUCCAGCAUAGAACAAACAAGGGACGAUGGGCCUCGAUCUAAUUCUAAGAAGCUUCAGGAUUUCUUCAAGUACAAUAAAACCAAAGAUUGUCCAGGAAAAGUAAGAGACACCCUUCUUGUUAUAGCUAUUUUAAUUGCAACAGCAACUUAUCAAACAGUACUUAGUCCACCAGGAGGUGUUUGGCAGGACACUUACUGGCCUGAUCACAAUAACAGCAGCAGUAGUGAUGGCAUAAUGUCCUUGCGACGAAUUGCAGGACAAUCAGUGAUGGGAACCAACAAUCCAAUUUCCUAUGGCUUGUUCUUGGUUUUCAACUCUAUCGGAUUUUUCGUGUCCCUUCACACUAUAAAUUUCCUGACCAUAGGAUUUCCUUUGCAAUUGGAACUGCAGAUCUCACUUGUUGCCUUGAUAGCAACCUAUGAUACUGUGAUGUCUGCCAUAACGCCUAACCGGGGAAUUUCUCUCUUAUUUACUAUCUUUUCCAUAGUGUUUCCAGUAUUCUUGCCUCACAUUACAAAGUUAUUGAGAAACCAUUGCAAGAAACCUAAAUUUAUUAUCAAGAUUUGUGAACUGUUUAGAUAGUUGAACAACAUCUUCCUAUAAAUAGUUUAGAGCUCGUGUCCUAGUACUUUAGGGCUCGAGUGGAGCUUGUUCAUUGACUAAUGCCUUACCUUUGUAACAUAUAAAUAGUUUACC